AUAGCCCCUCCGCAGCCACACGCCUUCUCCCCCCGUGGUUUCCCGUUCAACUCCGGUGACGGGCCGUGACGCGGCGUCGGCCUCGUCGUUGCUCCUUGUACCCAAUCGAUUCGUUUAUUCGGAGCGGGUGGGACGACGUAGGAGGCCGCCUGCUGAGGCUAUUUCAAACGUCGGCGCUCGCGGCGGCGGCUCUCUCGGCUCUCGCAAUGUCGCGUGCCUCCUGCCGCUGAAUCAGGUCCGACGAAUGCCGCUGCGAGCGGGGAGGAGGAGGCGCGGAUUAACGGCGCGGAGAAAUCGCUUUUCCGCUCUGAGAUCCAUCGCCUCUUGCCUGACACCGCGGCAUGCCGUCCAGAGCCAAUCGAGGGUAUCUUGGAGUAUAUGCUACACCUCCAAGGUUUAGUUAGAGCUGGCCAGUUAUGUUGAUUCCAAAUGGAGCAGAUAAGAGAUUUGUCACAACUUCCGUGUUUGUUCUUUUUAGAACUCGUAAAAUUCUCAGUCAAUCUUCAUAUUCUUUUCGAUUCAGACUAAAGUCAUGCAUUUGUGAUUUGGGCAGGUACUAUCUAAGGAUUACCUCAUUUUAACAAAAUUUCGGACGCAGAACAGGAAGCUUAUGCACAGAUACUCUUGAUCUGAAGUGUCCAUUUCUCAUGUUGGGACCAAAUGGAUUUCUGUAAAAUACAUUUAAUUUAUGAAAUCUGCAAUACUGUGAUGUGUCAAGAAAAAAAUAAGGGAAAAUUGCAUUUAUGUAAAGUAAUGUUAUGAAUAAAACGGCUAUUUCUCGCAUGCAUGUAUUCAAUCUAACCAUAAUGUUUUGAAUGGUGCAGCUGUAAUGAGGAAUCGAGGAGCAGAAUGGUUGCUUUGCCAGACUUUAAAGCAAGAAUGGGUUAGAUUGAUGCGACACAAGCAUGAAAUCUACAUUACGAAGAUUUACCAAUAAGAUAAUUUGGCUCCUGCCAUCAGUUGCUUCAUUCAGGCGUGACCAUUAGGAUGCAACCUGACGGAAUGUACAUGCAGUAAAGUGUAUGCUUGCGUCCAGACCUGAAUUGGACAAGGUUAAACUUGGACCUCAAAUGAGGUUGGGUUAGGUGAGCAGGCUCUUAUGUGGUUGCACCAAUACAGAGUGACUAGUGACUUGACAAAAGUAAGGAAAGGUGUCGGAAUCGAGACUCGGGAGAAGUAAAUUUGAAGAAAGUCAGUCGGCGUGGCGGGCUGGCCGCCCUUGUCUUUGUUUACUUGAAGCGAGAAGGAAAUUAGAUUGAUGUGAGAGCGAUUUCAAGAUCCUGGGUCGCUAUACCUGCGGAUGCUUUUAUAGACAUGGAGUCUUCGUCAGCUUUGGUUUUCAUGUAAGUUUGUCCUGAGCCAGUAAAAUAUUUUUUCAUGCUACGAUCUUUGUUUUCUUGAAGGAAUGCUGUGGAUGCAAUCACAUGAUGACAAAACUCGUCAUUUUCGUAGUGACUUUGACUGCCAAAAGUCGCAGUCUCAAAACUAAGAAAAAAAUGCCUUUUGUGCAAUUGAUUAAGAUGUUUGCUCUAGUACAACCUUAGUCAUCGGGCACCAAAUUGGCUAUACCAUUUUGACUAGCUGCCAAGUACCAACUCGAAGGGUGCCAUGGUUGGUUUCGGUCAUCUCUGCCAAGUGACAAAAAUUUGAAUGACUAUCUUUGCUCCAUGUGACUACGUGAGUAGGCAACACGCAUCAGAAACCUAUUGCAUUGGUACAGGGGAAGUAAGCAUCCCAAUUCACUACUAGACCCUACUUCUAUCAUCUUAUCAUCCGAUUGCCCCCUAUCUCUUGUCUGCCAAAGGAGACAAACUGGGUAAAGGGGAGGCCAUGAACGGCAGCAGCACAUCAAGGAAAAGAAAAUGAAAGCAGAGCGGCAGCGUAGGCCCCUGCCCCCAACCACCACCAUCCAUCUCCUCCCCUUCCCCUGUCAGCCUCUCCCACUCGCGAAUCAGUGGAGUGAUGGUUUUUGCUUUCCAAGCAAGAACAUUCUGGUUUGCUUUGGCUCUCCCUCACUCCUCUCACUGGUCCGUGCUCUGCAGCAGCUGUUCCUCGGAGGCUCAAAGCACGCCUCACACUGGCAGCAUCUUGUGAUCUGUCUCUCCCCUCUCCCCUCACAUUUCCCAACACCUGGAGUACCGAGGUAGGAGCACAAGCAGAGGCACCUACCUCUCUUGCUGGCUGCUUCCAACAUCUGGGCACAAUUAUCUGGAUUCUAGACCAGAAACUCUCAUGUAGAUCCCCUGCUCCAGUCUGCUGCUAGAACUUGGCAAUCUCAGGAGGACUGUCUGAGAUAGAAGUUGCUGAGAUUUGCCCAGGGUUGGGGCUCAAUCCUCUUCCCCUUCAGCAGUUCAGCCCGCCAGUGUUGGUUGCCUCUUGUUAGUUGUUACUGUGUUUCUGUCUUCCAUGGCGGCGGUGGCGUCGUCUUCUCCUCCAGCAACAAUUGUUGGGCCGCAGCCGACGUGGGUGCCCUAUGAGCCAACCCGAGACUGCUCCCAGGGCCUCUGCAGCAUGUACUGCCCGCAGUGGUGCUACUUCAUCUUCCCGCCCCCGCCGCCGGCCUUCGACCUCGGUGGCCCCGGCAGCGACGACUCCUCCGGCCCCACCUUCUCGCCCCUCGUCAUCGCCAUCAUCGGCGUGCUCGCCAGCGCCUUCCUCCUCGUCAGCUACUACACCAUCAUCUCCAAGUACUGCGGCACCUUGAGCUCCCUGUGGAACAGGCUGUUCGGCUCCGGCAGGGGCCGUGGCCAUGGCGCCGACGGUGGCGGUGGUGGUGGCGGCGGCGGCGGCUCGCGGAGUCAGGAGCCGUGGAGCGCCGUGCCGUCGGACGGGCUGGACGAGACGCUGAUCAACAAGAUCACGGUGUGCAAGUACAAGCGCGGCGACGGGUUCGUGGACAGCACCGACUGCUCCGUCUGCCUCGGCGAGUUCCGGGACGGCGAGAGCCUCCGGCUGCUCCCCAAGUGCAGCCACGCCUUCCACCUGCCGUGCAUCGACACGUGGCUCAAGUCGCACUCCAACUGCCCGCUCUGCCGCUGCAACAUCGCGUUCGUCGCCGUCGGCGUGGUGUCGCCACCGCCGGAGCCGGAACGCCGCGGCGCGCGGGAGGACCGGGCAGACAGCCUCGAGCUGGUCCUGACCAUAGACGACUACUCGGAGCAGGCGCGCGACGAGCCCCAGGAUCAGAAUGCGGCGAGCGGCAACGGCAGCGGCCAGGAGGCGCCGAAAGAUUGUCCAGGGAGAUCGGAGGAGGCCAGCGGCAUUGUCGAGAUCAGGGAGGACGGCGCGCCGCCAGUGAGGGCGUCGUCGUCGCUGUCGGACACGCACCGCGAGGGCCGCAUGUCCAUCGCCGACGUGCUGCAGGCCAGCCUGGAGGACGAACUGAUGAUGGCCCGGGAGAGCGGCCUCCUGGCAGGCUCCUCGGGGACGGGGUCGUCAAGACGGCUCCACGGGGAGCACAGCAACAAGGACGGCGGCGGCGGCCGCAGCGGCCGCGCAUUGCCGGAUGCAGCCAAGAGACUGCCGUCGGUGGGAAGGUCGUGCUUCAGUAGCAGGAGCGGCAGGGGAAAGGAUUCGGUUCUUCCGAUGUGAGGCCAUUGAUUCUGGGUGGUUCUUCUUCUGACUAGGAUACAUGACAUCGAUACUCUUUUUGUGUGUGUGCGUGUGCUUCCGGUGAAGAUAAGGUGCCAAUUGCUCGUGUACUCUUUUUUAGUUCCCAAAAUGAAAAUUUUUUGAUGCCAAAUCGACUGUUUGACCA